AGGAUGCUCGAGCGCGUGCGCGCUUCAUCAUCACGGUCUGAAAUAUUAGCGCGCGCGCGCCCUUUCUCAAACAAACUCAAAUUCAGAACCAUCCAAACACAGACGACGGAAAGUUCACUCGCUGCCUGUAAAAAAACCGAAGUGUAGUUGAGUUCCCGCCCAGAAUGUGAGCUGAGGAAACGAGCGUCAUUUGGAAUUUAGGAUCAGAACUCGCAGGUGAAUUAUUUUCAUUUAUAAUCUGACAGCACGUACAGUCAAGUACAAAAACUUGGAUAUAGUCUAGUUAAAAAAGCAAACCGUUUCAAAUUGGGGGAAAAAAGUGCUUCAAGCAUAAACAAUUCCACACGUCUGGUCGUUGAGUAGUAGCCUGUUGGAAGGUUUUCAUCUCCUAAAACUUUUAAAGGUUUGUUUAUUAACCAGUGACUCAGGAUUUAGGUGCAUCUCUCAAGAGAAUUAACCGGAAUCAUAAUGCUUGAAGUGGUGGAGUCCUUUCCCAACUUUCUCACUGCAAGGUGCUCCUAGACGCCAUCUGCUGUUAAAAAUUGGUCGCGGAGAUUGUGUGGAAAAUGGAUUUCGAGGUUGAACCUGGAAUGAAUGAUAUUAUAGUUAGCUAUUAUAACCACUCGGGCAAGUGGGGAAGACCAAAAAGCACCGGUACAUACGAGACAGUCUUCAUCAUUUGCAUCUGCACUCUGAUCGUGUUGGAGAAUAUCACUGUACUACUGGCACUAUGGCGCAACAAGCGCUUCCACAGCCGCAUGUACUUUCUCAUUGGCAAUCUGGCACUUUCGGACUUGUUAGCUGGAGUGGCGUACAUGGUUAACAUCUUCACCUCUGGCCGCAAUACUUUUUUCCUCAGUCCUGGCCAGUGGCUGCUGCGAGAGGGGAGCAUGUUUGUGGCACUUAGCGCUUCCACCUUCAGCUUGCUCGCUAUUGGGAUUGAGCGCCACAUGACGAUGGUUCGUUUACGGCCGUGUGAGACUGCAGGAAGGGGGAGGUUGCUAGCUCUCCUGGGAGCCUGCUGGGCUGUUUCGGUCCUGUUGAGCGCCUUGCCUAGUCUCGGUUGGAACUGCUUGGACCGAUUCCACACUUGCUCCACUGUCCUACCAUUGUACGACAAAAGUUACAUAGCCUUCUGCAUUAGCGUCUUCUCAGCCCUUCUAGCGGCAAUCGUGGUGCUAUACGUGCGCAUCUACCUGCUAGUGACGUCCAGCGGGCGUAGAGUGAGUUCCCGGCCAUCGGAUCGCUCGCUCGUACUUCUGCGCACGGUAGUGAUAGUACUGGGAGUUUUUGUGGCCUGUUGGGCUCCCCUUUUUCUGCUAUUGCUGCUGGAUGUGGGAUGCAGUCCAGAGCGGUGCCCGGUUCUCUAUAAGGUGAACUGGUUCAUCGCACUGGCUGUGCUCAACUCCGCCCUCAACCCGCUCAUCUACACGCUUUCCAGCCGUGAGAUGCGGGCCGCCUUCUUUCGCGUGUUAUGCUGCUGUUGCUGUCCAACGCAGCUGGACUCUAUACCCACGGUGACAGGGACGGCACUCCCGGGAACAGUCAUUCCCACAGCAGAGAACACCAAAUCAAGCAUGGGUGGGGUGGCAAGUGGUGCAGCUAAGUUCUCCCUGAUGCGAGGUAAAGUUCCCACCCCGUCAAACUCCCAGCAUCAGCAUGGGGACACGUCGCCACCGGCUGUCACGCACUCCUCGGGGCCAGGUGACCUACUGUCUGCGGUGCUGGUUAAAGCUGGGGCGCUUCCUUCUCUGGGGAAGUUUUGAAAAAGAUACUAGGGGAGUCGGCUCAAAAGAGCGGGAUUUUGUUAUUUCCCAAGAUGUUUGGCGACGGUUCCUUGCAAUUAUACACUGUUCUUCAGCUCUCUGGGGAUUACAAAACUUGGAUUUGCUUUCAUACUAAAGGCAUCCAUUGAUUAUGAGAUUUCAAAGGGACAACAAGCUCAAUCAAAGUGUGACUGAACAAAUGCUGACCCAAAGGAUACACAAACUGAAUUUACUUCUACAUGUAUUAAUAUUUAUGAAACUGAGCAUGUGCUUUGAGCACAUAAAAUAGAGCCACUACAGAAUGUAAUCACUCGAAAAGCUUAGGUGUGCAAUCUUUUUUUAUCAAAAUAAUCCAAUUUGCAUGAAGGAAAACACCUUAACGGUAUUAUACGCAUUAUUAUGUCACUCUGUGUGUAUGACUGACCUUUAACAUUUUCCCACAGUUUAUUAUUAGACAAAAACAUUUUGAAUAGUUUGCUAUUUUUACCUAUUACACAAGCUAGAUGUAAUAAUACUUUUAAGAAGUUGAGUGUUUUAAAAAAAGACUGUGGAUGUGUAUGGUUAAUAUUC